UAUAGACCCAUAUAUAUUUGUUGGUGUUUAAGCGUAUGAAGGCAAUAGGCUAUCGAGGAAAUCGCUGUUAACAUCACUCAAAAAAUGAUGCUCGAUUCAAAACUUCUCGUCAUAUUUUUCUUAUUGAUACAAUCAAACCCCGCCAUAUCGACCGAAGAUGAGGGAUAUCAAUCCUCUCUCAUUCUAACAACCGAUGACUACAUGCUUCUUGGCCAAACCAUCGACAAAAAGAAAGCUACUGAUGUUUUUGAUUGUGCUCUCUGUCUUGUUGGUGACCGCUGCAAGUCGUUCAACUUCAAUGUAGCGACUGGUGAUUGUCAUUUGAACGGGAAAAGGGCAAAGCGCAACGAGCUUGUUCCAAUGUACGGGUUCAUUUACGGAGAAAAGAAUCCGUGCGAGGCCAAGCCAUGCCAAAACGGCGGUGAAUGUAGCUUACAGAACGACAGACAAGACUAUAAAUGCAAGUGCAGGAAUGGAUUCAGUGGAAAACGUUGCCAAAAAGGGAGACGUAGUCUAACAAUAGUGAAGUAUGUGAUCACAGUCUACACAGGCAAUAAGUGGGGUACUGGAACUGAUGCUACUGUAUGGAUUGCCGUGACCGGUAAACAGAUGAGCCAAACACUGACAACCACUGAAUUCAAUUUGCCAGGAAAGUUUGAGAAAAGAGACGUCGAGCCAUUUAAUUUGCAGUUUGCCAACAUGAAUCCCAUCACUGAAUUGAAAGUUCGCACUCGCAAAAACGGUCCGUUGGAUGAUUGGUAUUUAAACAAGAUAUCUGUCGACAAUACCCAUCAAAAGGUUAGAACGACAUUUACUUGCAAUUGCUGGAUAAAACCCACAGAUUCCAAGACGAUGUCCUCACCAACGAUUGAAAACUACUAGACAACAUAGAUAAAUAUCUUGACGGUUCUACACGUCAAAAUUUGAAAAUGUCUAAGCAUUAUAAGACGAUUAAGUCGACAGUAGCAAUAGACUGAAAUUUGAAAAUGCCUUUCUUAUAAUUAAGAAAG